GCCCGCCGCUGACGGUCACGCGUGUUUGUCAUCCCAAGUCCCGCCGCUGACGGUUGCGUGCCUAGCUGGACUGCUUUCGCGGGAAAAAACGUUGCAGCAAAGCCGAGCUGGCAACGCGCCUGGCUAACCAGUCAUUCAUUCGCAAGCUGGCAACGCGCCUGGCUAAGCAGCCAGCCAUUGGAAAAGUGGAAAUAUUCAGAAACUGCCCGCGCCCAAGAGCGGACGUGUCGAAAAUUCGCAUGGGCUCGCGGCUUCGUCUCGGCGUUUCCCUGCCAUUGAAUCGAUCAUGCAGAUUGCGUCGAAGUGGUCAUGUCGCGCUCAGGCGCCUCGCCCUCGUCAAUGACCCAAGAGAAGAGGCGAUCGGUGAUUGUGUGACAAGCAAUCAUCGUGCGACAGCGCGACUCGUUGGAUGCGACAAAUUGGCAGGUCGGGGAGAUCCAGAGGUGAAAAAACGGCGGGCUCUUACUGUUGCGGCCUUGCCGCCAACGUUGCGCGUCAGUUCCGUCGGUGAUGUGCGCAGACGACGAGGAGGGAGCGGACGAGGAUUGGUCGGGGGGAAAGGAAUCGCAACUUUCGGCGGGCAAUUAGCGCGCGAGCCUCGUUCCGACGUGGCGCGCGCGUGGCAGGGCCGGGGUCUGGCGGUGCGUCGGAGUCUCAAUUUGCUACUAACGGUAGGAGGGCAGCCUGUGUGUGCGCGAUCGCGAUCGCGAUCGCCAUCGCCAGAACUUCCAGCGAUGGCGGUCGCUACGGCGCUAAGGCUGUGGGGUCACAAUCCGACUAUGGCGGCGGCAGCUGCUGCUGCGGUGGCCACAGCUGCCGCCUCAACUUCCGAUUCCCCCGCCCAUGUUCCGGCGCGAGCCACGGCGGAGGGGGAGAAUACCGGGGGAGAGAAGCCAUGGAGCUCCACUAGAAACGGCCCCAACUCGGUCAGACCUCCGCAGGUGCCGAUCCUCUUUUACCCGGCAGCAACUAAUGACGGGCCCUCGUUCUUGUUUCCUCUGGAUCGUGCCACGUCAGCAGAAUCUGACCACCUGCGCGAUGGCGAUCUGUCCAAAUCUGUCGGUCCAGGUUCGUCCAGAAAUUCUCCGUGGAACUCGCAGGUGUCUUCUUUCCCGCCAUCUUCGGACAAACAUCAUGUCUCCUUGAGAACCUUUGCAUCUUCUUCUCCCUCCUUCUCCUCCUCCUCCUCCCCCUCCUCCUCUCGUUCUUCCUCGUCUUCUUCUCCUCCGUAUUUUGUUUUUUCAUCUUCGUCCUCUUCCCAACAUUCUCCUGCUUCUUCUCAUCCGCACCUCUCGGCCCAGUCAAUCAAUGGUAACGGAAAGUUGUUUGAGCUGUCACAGUCAAAGAACAAUGGAGACGGAUUCGAAUUGCAACAGCUGCGAAGUAAUUUACCAUCUUUUUCUUCCGCCGCCUCCUCCUCCUCCUCCUCCCCCUCCUUCCCCUCCUCCUCUCCCUCUGCACAAUCAUCUUCAUCAUCGUCCUCCUUUUUGGCCCGUCCAUCUUCUGGAGAUCCGUUGUGGCCAGCCAUGAAGUUGCCGCCGUCGACGAGUUCCUCCAGCCACGUGGCGUGGAUCCAAGGGUCUUCUUCGCUAUCGCCGAUGAAUAUCCCAGCGAAGAACAUCUUCUCUCCCGCUGCGGUUUUCAUUCCUGUGUCUUCGGUGCACUCACCGCAGGGGAGUUUUCCGUCGUUCUCACAGGCGAUCGCGGAGUCGCAAUUGCGCGCGGUUUUCUCGCCAGCGCUGUUUUCCUCGUCUUCGUCUUUUCUGGCCAGCGGCGCGGGGGGCGGUAUUCUUGCCGGCGGUGUACCGACGGCGGGGGUGCGAUGGGCGCGGCGAUGCCUCGACGAGGUCGCGCCGGUAUCCGGACAGACUUCGACGUCAACAGCAGUGUGGCCGCGUGCUUUGCAUACGUGGCACGUUCCGAAGCCGGGAUCGGGACGGAGCGAGGGGGGAGGAGGACCGGGAGAUGGGCCGGGAGAGGUAGGAGGGAAGAAGCAGGCGGUAACGGUGGUGCUCUUGGGGUGGCUGGGCUGCCAGCAGAAGCAUCUCCGACGAUACGCGGAAUGGUACACGUCGCAGGGGAUGAACGCAGUCACGUUCGUGGUCCCGAUGUCGUCGGUGCUAAGCCUGGGACCAGAUGGGAAGGCAGAGAAGCACGUGCAGAGCUUGGUGGAGCAAUUGGAGAGAUGGAUCGUGACGGAGAGGGAAGGGGGAGUAGCGGCUCAGGCAGCGCCACGUGGCGAAGCCGGGGAGCGAAGUCUUGUCUUCCACACGUUUAGCAACACAGGCUGGCUGACGUAUGGAGCGGUGUUGGAGGCACUGAAGAAACGAGUGCCAGAUGCAUUUCAGAACAUUCGCGGUUGCAUUGUCGACUCUGCACCAGUCGUUGAUCCUGACCCACAGGUUUGGGCAUCGGGAUUUUCAGCGGCUAUUCUGAAGAAAAGAAGUGCCAGUACGCUUUCGGAGCAGAACACACCUGCGAAAAUUAAGGUUGACUUGGGGGAUGGCCUGCAAGCAGAGAUUGAUCGCUCAGAGCUCCCAGGAGGGCAGCAGAGCCCUACAGAGGCAGCACUGAAGAAAGUUUUAGAGAAGUUCUUCUCUGUGUUUCUGGAGGUGCCUAUCAUCCGCAGACGAUUGAUGGAGGUUACUUCGAUUCUGCAGAAAGAGCAGCCAAAAUGUCCACAAUUGUACAUUUACAGUACAUCUGAUGCAGUCAUACCACAUACAAGAGUGGAGGCCUUCAUGGAGAUGCAAAAGCAGAAUGGAGUCAGAGUUAUGGGUCGUCGCUUGGAGGGAUCCCCUCAUGUGGACCAUUUCCGCACCGCACCCCACAUCUAUACCAGCCAGCUGCAGAAAUUUUUGCAGUGCUGUUUUGGCCCAGUUAAAGAAGGUGAGAAACAAUCCGAAGAGUUGGCUACAGCCGGUCACCCCUGCUGAUGCGAUUGCUGAUAUUGGACACCGUCGCAUGUGCGGCGGGGAGGGGGCGGGGCUAGGAAAUCCCCCGCAGCUAGUCGAUUACAGGGCCAAAGAUGAAUACAGUUGGGGAUCAACUCUUGAAAAUAGAUGGACUGAGUAAGGAUGUCAUUAAAUGUUCUUUUCAUUGGUCUUGGUAGGUAGCUUCUUUUAGAAUCAGCUCGACGUUGUUUCUGUGGAGAAAUUUCUCUACCCACUGCUUUUGACAGCUGUUAUUGAUGUAUGUUUCGGUUUACGGUUGGGGUAGGCGAAUAUGAUAAUGUCAUUGGGAGCGGUUCAAUCUGGGCUUCCGCGCUACGUAUGCAGAGAUCAAACGUAUUUUUUCAUCCUGACGAAGUACAGGUAUGCAUAUGCAGGAGGAUCUUGAUGUUGAUCCCGACGCGUAGUGCUUAGGAAAGACCACUAGGAUUUGAAAAGGUCAGAUUGAACGUCUGCUGCUGACAACACGCUACUGCUUUUCGAAAAGAAAAGAAAAAAAUUGCACGCGCUACGCCAUUGUAGGGUGCGUUUACCUUUUUUUCAGUGCAGCGCGCCUUUUCUUAAUUGUGCCUGGCUGCGUGUGUUUUUGUAGAGUACGGCAUCUGGUAGGGGCAUGGGAUCACAGCUGUCAAAAGACGGACCUUGCGAGUCUUGCGGAUCCACGAGUGGCAAGCUGCAGAGGCUGGUGGACAGCGAAAGUAGAGAGAGAUUUUGGUCACUUAGAAGCCACAAAAAAGAAGAAGAUGUUUGUUUAGCUGUUUAGAAACACACGGGGCAUUUCAAAUUUUAUUGCCGGGACUCGGAAUGGACAGGAAGAGAGGUGUCCUGAUCUAUAGCAUGGACAAGAAGCGGGAACGGGCUGUGAAGAGAAACCGUCCUUGGCUGCUGCAGUGGAGUCGGCGAGGAGAGAUCCAACAGCAAACUGCCACCGUAUUCUCUUUCACAGUUUAUCGAAGAUAAAGGUACUAAUAUAUAUCCGACAUCGAAUGACCGAGGCCCAAUGUAAAUUACCAAAUGCAUAUCGAGGACCGCAGGGGAAGUGGACGAAGAGACCCUGUGAAAUUCAUACUGCCUUUUCCAUCUAAAUGUACAGGUUGUUGCUUUUUAUAGACUGCAAAAGCUCUCGACUUGUCUAUAUUGAGAGAGUUAGCACUUUCAGUUCUCGAGAUUCAUUCAGGCCUUAAUUCUUUUUAAAACGUCCAGAUCGUAUUACGUUGUUGUUCCAUUCAUGGCAAGCACACAUGGAUGCCUCUUGUGUAUUCAGUCUCAGAGAGAGAGAGAGAGAGAGAGAGAGAGUAGUACGUUGUUCCUUUCAUGGCAAGCACACUGUAGCGUAUUCAGUGUGCUAUAGAUGGGGAGAGAGAGAGAGAGAGAGAGAGGUGAGCAAGUGAUUGUAGCUGUCAAGGUGAUGUUUUGUUAGUCCACGACAGGUUUUGAAUUAGAUAAUUCAUCAUAAUUGUCGAUUUGAAACGUAGAGAGCUUUCCUGCGCUGGUGUUAAACGGACGAGCAGAGGGUGGAAACAGGUACAGUUUGAAAUGAGUGGGAGAAAGUUUUGAACUGUUAGACCACUUAACUUUAUUGCCAAUGGGAAACAUUUGUAGCAUGUCCGGUUCUUGGUCGUGGCAGCAUCCUACACACAAGCCACACUGCAAAUCCGUUUUUUUUUUUUUUUUUUUUUUUUUUUUUUUUUCAACUGCCAGCAGUGCCAAUCCUAUAUGUGAGGAAAACACAGAGUUAUGGAUGUCUUGCAUGUGGUAUGGGCCUCCCACAUCAGAGUUCAUUUCUGGGAGGCUGAGGGGUCACUCUGUUGUCGGCACAAGUGUAUGCUCUUGUUUGCUAAGUUGAGCCUGUCAUUUGAGGCGAUUCCUUACAGUGCAAGGUUUCAUUUUCAAUGAGAGUGUCACAACGGGCGGUGACCUGGGGCUAGUUGAUUGCGCACAGAUGA